AGCUUUCGUUGCUCCCCCGCCUUCUCUGAUCUCAUCGUCGCCCCCAGUACUUUCUCACUGCUAUUGGACGCGUUACUAGCCAAAUAUCUCUAUAUAUAGGCUACAGGCAUCGGGUGGGACAACGGGAGUAUUAUGCUCUCAUCGAACGCCUAGUAUAAUCCAUCUUCGAAGGCUUCCUCGUUAUUCAUGCUUGAUUCUGGUUGUAUAGAUGUCCGGCGAAUCAUCGCAGAAUCAUGUCUAUCGCGAAACAGGUGCUCCGAGACAAAUUCCAAACACUAUUCAAGAUGCCCCGACGAACAACCAUAUGCUGAACGCGUUACCUUUUAUGCGCCACCUCGUUCUGGAGUGGCUUCAGAAUCUUCUGAGUACCAUGUCUUGUUACCAGCAGUUGCCGGAACUUGCUCCGCCAUAUGACGGAUAUCCACUACCGAAGGGUUUCCCAUUCCCAAUCACGAUUCGACCUGCUCUGCGUCGUUCAUUACUUCCUUUGGUCGAUCUCCUCCAUCAUCUUCCACUUCUUUCACAUCGAGAAGAUGUAAACGCCUGGGCGGCUGGGCAAGUACAAGCCAGUGACGACGAUGCUAUUCUUCUCCAAUCUGAGCUCUUCCACUGGGUCGAAGAAGUGGACGGGAAUGAUCAGUUGUAUUGGGGUAUGAAAGCGUAUCUGAUUAUGUACGGGUAUCCUCUGCUAAGAUGGGUCCGGGAUGUUAAUGGCGAAUGGAUAUCGCCGCUCAUGUGGGAGCUGAGAUGGGGAACAACCCUACUUGGUGCUUUGGAACUGAAUAGCUCGAUGUUCCAGGAAUCAAACUUCCAGCCGAUGAUGGGUUCACUGAAUGGUGAAUUCAUUCUCCAGAGCCUGAUACUCUCUGUCCAAACACGCACCGCUAUCGUAUUGAGCAAAAGCGCAUCGGCUGGAUUCGAGUUCAUACGAGGGAGGAAACUGGGACCAUCGGAAGAUUGAAAACGGUUGCGAUGUGAGGAGGAUGGAGAGUGUAUUAUGUUGUCGCGCCAUGAUUUGGGCUCCCGCUUGUCCUACUUACAGAAAAAAGGCAGUUGAAAGAUGUCAACAAUCAACUUUGAGACUUCGGUGCGUUGGAUAUCAGAUCGGGCGACUAGGAGAGGGAUCACUUCAUAAUCUCGAACUGCUCCUGAGAUUUGACUGAGGAAGGAGAUGAGCUUAUACUCCAUGACUUGUUUGCAGAGCCCUCUUCAUCCUUCAGGUAGGCAGGGAGAAACCUGGAGAGGGAAGAAACAUGCUCGCAACUCGUGGAAAAAAAACAUCAAGUGA